AUGGCAACCAUCGAAGAACGCUACCGUGAAAUGUUCAGCAAUUCGGUCGAAUGGUAUGAGAGAGGCCGCUCCCUGUUUGCGGGCGGCAUCACCCACCAGACGCGCUUCACAUCGCCCUUCCCCGCCUAUAUAGACCACGCCGACGGCCCCUACAAAUAUGACGUUGACGACAACCAGAUUAUCGACUACGUGAUGGGCAACGGCAGUCUGCUGAUGGGACACAGCAAGCCCGAGAUAAUCGAAGCCGUGAGGGAGCAAGCUGGCAGGGGAACUCAUGUUGGCGGAGCGUCCACACACGAAGUACGUUACGCCGAAGCAGUCAAGCGUCUCGUUCCCUCGCUAGAGCGCGUUCGCUUCACCGCGUCUGGCACGGAAUCCACUUACCUCGCGCUCAGGCUCGCACGCGCCUACACCGGUAAGACGAAAAUCGUGAAGUUCCACGAGCACUUCCACGGCUGGCAUGACUAUGUUACGCCCGAAUCCGGGCAGGCUCUUGGCGGAGUGCCGCAGGAAAUCCUGGGCACCGUCAUAGUCGCUCCGGCUGACAUAGCUGCGGUUGACGCCAUCCUCUCGCAGGACAAUGACAUCGCCGCCGUCAUCGUUGAGUGCAACGGAGCGCACUACGGCACAUUCCCCUUGCAGAAUCCCCAGUUCCUCCAGGACUUGCAGGAUCUAACCAAGCGGCAUGGCGUCAUCUUCAUCAUGGACGAAGUGAUCACUGGAUUCCGCUUGUCCCCCGGCGGUGCGCAAGUUCGUUGGGGACUUGAGCCUGAUCUCACCACGAUGGCGAAAAUAAUCGCAGGCGGUCAACCCGGCUCAGCCGUUGGCGGCAGGGCCGACAUCAUGGAACUCAUGGCUUUCCGCGAAGAUCCGGAGUGGGACAACAUGGGCAGAGUCGCGCAGGGUGGCACUUACAACGCCCAGCCCGUAACGGCAGCGGCAGGAAUCGCCGCUCUGGAUGCAAUCGCAAAUGAAGGCAUCAACGCUAGGGCAGACGCAAUGUCGCAGCGCCUCAAAGAAGGUCUCAACGAAGCGUUCAUUCAGAACGAGGUUACUGGCCACGCGCACGGCAUCUCCUCGAUAAUCCAUGUGAACCUCGGCGCCGACUGCAGCUGCGACCGAGAUAUCUGCAACAUGCCCUACCAGCAGAUUUACGACACCAUGCCCGCAGCGAAGACCCGCGCACUCCGCCGAGCCAUGCUGGUCAACGGCGUGGACAUGAUGGGAGGACGCGCAUUCAUUGUGUCAUCCGCCCACGACGAAGCGGUGAUUGACCGCACCACAGCAGCCUUCUCGCAAUCCCUCAAAGAUCUCCGCGACGAGGGCGAACUGUAA